GUGCAGGGCGGGCCGGAGCUGUCAGUUCCUGCAGAAGUUUCCCUGAGAGCAGCACUGUCCCCCUAGUAGUCAGCAUGGCAGGGCCGGGGAUGCUGCUCCUCUGGGCCGGGCUGCUGCUGCUCUGCCAGGAUGCCACCACCACUGCUGCCCUUCCACCGCACAUAGUCUUCGUCCUGGCGGACGACCUGGGCUUUAAUGACGUGAGCUUCCACGGCUCCGAGAUCAGAACCCCGACUCUGGACAGUCUGAGAAGCCAAGGCGUGGAGCUGGGCUCCUACUACGUGCAGCCGCUGUGCACCCCGUCCCGCAGCCAGCUGCUGAGCGGCAGGUACCAGAUUCACACGGGGCUGCAGCAUCAGAUAAUAUGGCCGUGUCAGCCCCACUGUCUACCUCUUGAUGAAAAGCUGCUGCCCCAGUUACUGAAGGAAGCCGGAUAUGCCACACACAUGGUGGGAAAAUGGCACCUUGGCCUAUAUAAAAAAGAAUGCCUUCCGACCCGUAGAGGAUUCGACACUUACUUUGGAUAUCUUCUGGGCAGCGAGGAUUAUUAUACCCAUGACAGAUGCUAUGAAAUCAAGGGUGUGAAUAAAACGGUGUGCGCUCUUGAUUUCCGAGAUGGUGAAGUAGCAGCCAAAGGUUAUGAGAAGAAGUACUCCACGCAUUUAUUUACCGAAAGAGCUGUGGAUCUCAUAGCUAAUCACAAUCCUCAAACGCCUCUGUUCCUUUACCUGCCGUAUCAAGCAGUUCACGCGCCUCUUCAGGUUCCACAGGAAUAUUUAGAGCCGUACAUUUUCAUCCAUGACCAGAACAGGCGCCAUUAUGCAGGGAUGGUGUCCGUUCUGGAUGAAGCGGUAGGAAAUGUCACUGAUGCGUUAAAGCAAUAUGGACUUUGGGACAACACCGUUUUCAUAUUCUCUACAGAUAAUGGUGGGCAGACAUUGGCUGGUGGCAACAACUGGCCUUUACGUGGAAGAAAGUGGACCCUUUGGGAAGGUGGAGUACGAGGAGUUGGCUUUGUCACAAGCCCCUUAUUGAAGCAGAAAGGUGUCGUUAGUAAAGAACUGAUCCAUAUUUCGGACUGGCUGCCAACAUUAGUGCAUCUGUCUGGAGGAACUAUUAAUGGUACCAAGCCCUUGGAUGGAUUCAAUGUGUGGAAAACCAUCAGUGAAGGAAGCCCAUCCCCCAGAGUGGAGCUGCUGCAUAACAUAGACCCUCUCUUUGACGAUAACUUCCCGUGUUCCACAGAUAAUGAGAUGGGAGAGCCCGUGUCCAGCGGCGUUCGUCCUAAAUGGGAAAAUUCAUUGUUCAAUCUAUCAAUUCAUGCCGCAAUUCGACAAGGAAACUGGAAACUACUGACUGGAAAUCCAGGUUGUGAUCACUGGUUUCCUCCACCAAAUUCUUCAGACGUUCAUGAUUUCCCAUCAUUUAAGUCUUCAGGAAAGAAUCUUUGGUUAUUUGAUAUUGUCCAAGAUCCUGAAGAGAAGCAGGAUUUGUCAGACAAAUAUCCUGAAGUGGUGAAGAUGCUUCUUUCUCGUCUUGAGUAUUACUACAGUCAUUCUGUUCCCAUCUAUUACCCAGAUGAUGAUCCCAGAUGUGACCCUGAAACUUCCGGUGUCUGGGGCCCAUGGGAAUAAUGUUUUGUAUGAAGAUAACAUACACCUAUGAUAAAAUCAGAAGGAUUAGGAUAGCGUCUUCUAUUAGAUUCUCGUUUAUGAGAUGAGUGUCACGGCUGUGUCAUGGUCUGGUGGUAGGGGACCGUGACACUUUUGCCAUGCAUGCUUGUUGCCGGUGGCUACGUGUCUUAGCAUGUUUGGACACUUCCAAUUUCAUUUUGUUGUUUCUUCCUAUUUUGAUGUGUUUGGGGGUUAAGGUGUGCAAGGUGUAGCUGAGUGUGUCCUCAUGGCUCUUCUUAUGUUGGAGUUGUGAGUUGAGGUCAGUUGUUUGUCUGGUAUGUUUGGUUUAUUGCCCGGCAUGGUUGCUAGAUAUCCCCUUGUUUGUCUGUAUCUCUGGUGUGGGGGUCCCAGGGAUUCCUUGGGGGGGGAACCAAAAGUCAGCAAGCAGUAGUUGUUCCACCCAGUCGUUGAGGCAGGUAAGUGUUGUUUUUCAAGUGCUUGUCAUUUUGCGCUGGGCUCUUAUUUGCUGCUAUGUAUUUUUGCUUGCUGUCUGUUCAUUCCUAGUUGCUAGGCCUGUGUGAGACUCCGAUGAGGGUGGCGUUAGGAGGUGACCUGCUCCCCUUAUCCCGGUAUCCAGGCCUAGUUGCUUUCCCAAAUUCCUUACAUUGUACGGUGGGGAGUUUUCCCCCACUCCCCACCGUGACAAUGAGGCAUAGAGGCCAUGUUUGAUUGAAUGAAAUGUGUUGUAGUAAUGUUUCUCAAGUCCAACAUCCAAAUGACAAAAAAGUGUCCCAGGAACCAGAAUCCUUUAGGAGAAGUCCACCUUACUCAUUGAUGCCAAGCUGACCAUUUUGUAGACUCCAUUGGAAAGUGAAGGCAUCCUGUACAUAAAAUAUUGAGUUGAGUCCGACAUCUGCUUGAACCAUAUGAGCCAAAUUCUAAUAUAAAAGCACAUGGUAGGGGGCAGCACUGAGCAACAUACAGUAGUCUCAGUAGUUAGUAUGGGUAGGUGGCAUCAGUAAUAAGCAACAGGUAGUAUGGUCUCAGGAUUGGGGUGGUGACAUUUGUGUUUGCUUGGGGUGGUUCUGAUGACAAUCAAUUAUUAAUAUACUUUUUCUACCUGAUUACUGAAUCCUGUUGAAAACCUCAGAUGAUUUAAUGUUUUAAAAUUUUUGUAAUGACUAUAAAAUAUGAUUAUGAUGAUUUAUGUACUAGGUUAUUAAAGUAAUUAAAUGGCA